AUGGAGAAAGUCUUACCUUUGCAGAGUCCCUCCAAGCCUGAGCUGGUAUUUCUCGACCAAGAGGAGACCCUUCUUCUAAAAGUGAACACCCAAGCUCUGACACCAUGGCUGCAGCUCGACCCAACCUUCGACAAAAUCACAGGAGCCAUAGAAUCAGUAGUUGAUGGUGAUAUGGAGCUUCCACCUUUUGACCCAGGUCCAAAGCUCCACUCUGAAGCUGUCCAAACCAUUCUAGUCUGAAGUGGUAAACUGUUGCUGGAUCCAGCAUGGUUUUGCCACAACUGUGGUUCACCCUCCAUUACAGAGUGUCGGUAGAUUGGGAUCCGGUUGUGCUGGUGGAGGGUACUACGGCUGCUGUGUCUCCUCCAUCUUUGGCCUGGAGACUCCGCCAUGGCUGUCCAAGGCUCUCUCAUACAUCACCUUCACCUGA